UCAAACCGUGUAUGAAAUACUGAAAUACUGAUAACCACAUCUUUCUAUCACUCACAAAAUUCCGAUUUUCUAUCCCACCGGAGCACACGACACAGAAUUUUCUUUACAAAUAAAGCCAAAAUGUCGACGGCGAGAAUACAACCCACGGCAGUUGCCGCAGCGUCGGCUGCUUGUGCGCUUUCCUCCACUGUCAAGCAUCAUCUUGGUUUCACUCUUCGUCUUCCUCGAAAUAACGCCGUUUUUAGACGCCAACGAAUCAGAAGAAACCACUCUGUCAUUGCUAUGUCUGCUGUAUCCGAACCUCUAGAAGUCUGUGUUAAAGCCUCCGUCACUGCACCCAACAAGCUCGGCGACUGCCCAUUUUGCCAAAGAGUGCUGUUGACUAUAGAGGAAAAACAUCUUCCUUACAAUACAAAGCUAAUAGACUUCGCUAACAAGCCAGAAUGGUUCUUGAAAAUAAGCCCAGAAGGCAAAGUUCCUGUGAUAAAAUUUGAGGAGAAGUGGAUUCCAGAUUCAGAUGUUAUCACACAGUCACUGGAAGAGAAGUUUCCAGAUCCACCAUUGGGAACCCCACCUGAGAAGGCUUCAGUUGGCUUGAAGAUCUUCUCCACGUUUAUUGGUUUUCUUAAAAGCAAAGAUGCCAAUGAUGGGACAGAGCAAGCAUUACUCAACGAGCUCAGUGCCUUCAAUGAUUACAUAAAAGAAAAUGGCCCUUUUAUCAAUGGAGAAAAGGUUUCUGCAGCUGAUUUGUCACUUGGACCAAAGUUAUACCAUCUAGAGAUUGCUCUGGGGCAUUAUAAGCAAUGGUCAGUUCCGGAGUCACUUACCCAUGUGAAAUCUUACAUGAAGGCAAUUUUCUCACGGGAUUCGUUCACCAAAACAAGGGCUCUCCCAGAGGAUGUGAUUGCUGGUUGGCGUCCAAAAGUCCUGGGUUAAAGUUUCUCAAACUUGUUGGAGGAGACCGUAGUGGUAUCUAUUGUCAUCUUUGAAAACGUAGUUAGAAGAGCUCAGGUUUAUCCAAUCACCUUCUUGACAUGUAUUUAGUUGUAUAACCAAAUCUGAAUCUUUCCCUUUUUCUGAGGCAUCGAUCCCCACAUUGUCGAUAUGAGAAAAUUCCUGACAUAACGUUAUGUAUCAUAUUCAUGUGCAUGACAAAUUACUGGUGAUAGGCCUUUAUAUUUGCUUUUGCACCUCCUCUAAAGUAAAUCCAUAAACCCGAUGUUGCUCCUGGGUUUUGUUUGUAUCCUUUGUUAUAUAUAUAUAUAUGUAUAUGGUAAAUUUCUGUAA